AUGCUAUCCUUCAAGACCUCUACUGCUCUUGUUGCUACCGUUCUUGUUAGCUUAACAACUGGUCAAUAUUCUAUUGAUCCUACAGAAGUUUCAUUGCCGACUCGUGAAUCAUGGUGCCAAUCACAAGUUCAAAAUUGUCCAGCACUUUGCAUGCAAAACAGUACUGGUAGUACCACCACCGAAACCAACACUUGCGAUGCUGCAACCCUCAAUUAUGCAUGCGUUUGCGGUAGUGGUAUCUCACCAAAUGCUUCCGAAUACUCCCUUACCCUCCCCUACUUCAUCUGUACCCAAUUCACUAGGGAUUGCACAGUUGCUUGUGUUGGAAACAACACCUGCCAAGCAGCAUGCGUAGAUGACCAUCCAUGCGGAGCUCAAAAUCCUACUCGUAUCAAUACCACCACAAGUGCAACUCAAAGUGCGACGGAUACCGCAGGAGCUUCGAGCACCAACGCUGUUGCAUAUACUGGUUUAGGUGGAUCGACAUCAACAUCUAUUCCUAAGAGUGGUGCUCAAAUGACCAUUGAUUUUGGAAGAUCAUACGGUCUCGCCGUUGUUUUUGCAGGUGUUUUUGCGGGUUUUACAUUGGUCAUAAGCCAAAUGCAUAAAUCUGAUGCAACGCAAUGCAAUACAGUUUUACUCAACUCAAUUCAAAACAAACGCGAUGCAAUCAAUCCCGAUUCAGGAUCAAUCACAUCUACCAACUGUAACCUUUGGCCGAAAAUUCACCCACCACUUUACAUACUUUUGCAUAAGAAAAUUCGCAAGGGAGGAGCGGAUUCCACCCACCACGUUGACAAAAUUCGCGAGAAGUUUGAGAAUUUGCUGGCUGUGAAUACGGCUUCAGCAAGAGAAUUUUCGGAGGAGUUACCGUUGCCGGUUACGACGCCUAAUUCGACGAGGGAUAGAGGGAUGAUGAUGGGGCCUACUAGUAAAAAAGAAGCAGCGCAUGAAUGCGUAUCGGAAGAAGCGCUUGUGCACCUGAAAUCGUACAAAUAUUCGAGUGUGGAUAAGAGCUUGAUUUCGAAUUACAUUUUGAAGCAUUAUUGGAAUGGCUUUGUCGAAUUAUUGCCAUUAUGGUUGGCGCCAAAUAUGGUUACGUUAUUGGGAUUCUUUUUCAUUCUGAGUAAUGUGAUUUGUUUGGAGAUUUGGAUGCCGGAUUUGGUGGGACCUGGACCAUCAUGGUUAUAUUACAGUUUUGCCUUCGGAUUAUGGAUGUAUUCAACAAUGGAUAAUGUUGAUGGAAAACAAGCUCGAAGAACUGGAACCUCCAGCGGUCUCGGUGAACUCUUCGACCACGGAAUCGAUUCUCUGAAUUGUACACUCGCAUCUCUUUGCGAAACGGCUGCUAUGGGAUUAGGUACAUCUCGAGCUGGAAUCUUCACUGCUUUGAUUCCUUGUUUACCCAUGUUCUUUUCUACCUGGGAAACAUAUCAUACGCAUACAUUAUACUUGGGGGUUUUCAAUGGACCAACUGAGGGGUUAAUCAUGGCUUGUACGAUUAUGAUCCUCAGUGGAUAUUAUGGACCGGAAAUUUGGACACAUCGAAUUACGGAUCUGAUUGGCCAUCAUUACUUCCUAGGAUAUCAUGAAUAUUUCGGUUCUUAUUCCGUUAGAGAUCUCUGGGUUCCGAUUCUCGUCGGCUCGUUAUUCUGUAUCCAUGUUCCGUUCUGUGUCAUCAAUGUCAUCAAAGCAAGGAGAAGAGAUAACUUACCCGUCUUGCCGGUUUUCCUCGAAUGGACUCCUAUGGUUGUUUUCACAUUGAGUAUUGGUGCUUGGCUUUACUCUCCCCACUCAACACUCAUGACCGAAAAUCGUUUGGUACUUUUUUGCCUCACGAUGAGUUUUGUCUUUGGAAGAAUGACGACGAAAAUUAUCCUGGCCCAUCUCACGAGACAACCAUUCCCGUACUGGACAGUAAUGCUCACACCACUUGUCGGCGGUGCUAUCCUGGGUAAUCUUCCACGAUUCGGCUUACCGGCUGUUAGUGUGGCAGUCGAAUUGUGGUACCUGAGAGCUUACUUUGUCUUUGCAUUUGUGGUCUAUUUUAGAUGGGCUUGGUUAGUGGUUACUAGUAUUUGUGAAUAUUUGGGCAUCAAUUGUCUGACGAUUCCGGAACAAAAGUUGGAGGAGAUUUAUAGAAAUAAUGAGAUGAUGAAGAAGUCGAAGAAAGGGGAGGAGGUUAAUGGGAGGAGGACACCAAGUGGGAGUGGAAGUGGAAAUGGAGUGAAGAGUUCAAAUGGGGUGCCGAAUGGGAAGAGGGCUGAUUAG